GCAUGCGCGUUCAUGUAGCAGACGACAACAUCCCUACUGCUGAGUUGAAAUGUUUGUCCGUUCCGCCUGUCAUAAUGCGGUCUUUGUUGUUUGUGAGCAUAUAGUGCUUUGAAAAUAAUCUUUUUUGAGAGCCGAAUUAAAUGAUAGGCUAUGAAGCUAACACGGAAACAGGUUCUCGCUAAGGCUAAGGCCUCCGACUUGGAAAGCGUGAAGAAAUUGAACUGCUGGGGAUGCAACCUAACUGAUAUAUCCAUCUUCUCUCAAAUGGCCAACAUUGAGGUGCUGACACUGAGUGUCAACAGCAUCACGUCUCUCUCUCCUCUGGCUGGCUGUCUGUCUCUGUGUGAGCUUUACCUGAGGAAGAACUUGAUUUCCUCACUCUCUGAGCUCUCUCAUCUGCGUCCGUUGACACGUCUCAGAGUGCUCUGGUUGGCUGAGAACCCCUGUUGUGGAAGUGACUCCAGCCAGUAUCGCCUCACUGUACUGCGCUGCCUCCCUCGUCUGCAGAAGCUGGACAACCAACCCGUGACAGAGGAUGAGAUUGGUCUUGCUCUCAUGGAGGGCGAAGUGGUCACCACCCCUCCAGGUAGCCACCAAAACCAGCUCUCCACCAACGGACUUCCAGAUGCAGAGACAGAGAAUGACCCGCUGAACUACAACAUGGAGGAGACCAACAAAAUCAGGGAGGAGUUGGGGAUGAAGCCUCUCCCCAGAGACAAGUUCCCGUCUCUCUCCUCUCCAUCGACCAGAGAGAACAAACUAUCAUUGAAAAAGACACACACUCUUGAUGCAGUUUUGCUUCUGCUGAGAGAUUUGGAUGAAGAGGAGCUUCGCGUUGUGCACACAGCUACCCAGAACAGACUCCAGAUUUACACAGUGGACUCAGAGAUGUUUAACGAUUCAUUGCAGACACAGAAGACAACUGACAUCCAACACUGAAACAUUUCCCAGCAUGCACUCCAGGCCAAACCUCACCUCCCUUUAUACUUUGUACAUAUUUAACCUAAACCCCAUUCUUUGGGAAUGAGAAACAGUAUCCCAACACACCCUUUUUUCUACCUGUCACCUUCUUUUUACAAUAUGCAUUAUAAUAUGUGAUGUAAUCUCACUGGCCUGCCUUGUUUUGUCAGAGUUUUCACAUGUGCAGCAUUACUGAACAAUAUCCUUGGCUUUCUUUCCUUUUCUUUUAAAUAGCAGCAUGCCUCCCUGCCUUGUAAGAACAAAAGAAUGUAUGUUUUGCUAAAUUUAAAUCUAUUUCUGUAAGUAAAGAUAUGAAAUUGCAAUA